CAUACACACUCACAAACAAACCUCGAACCAAAUGAGUUGCCAACAACUCAGGAUGAGAGUGACUGAUCCUGAGGGAUAUCUUGGACUACUCACCCGUCCCGGUGCCAGUCUUUAGUUUACUGCCAAAACUAUUAGUUCAACGCAACCCUUUCUCUCCCGUAACGCCUUUGUCACAUAGGAGAAUCACUUGUGGGACAAUUUCGUGGUAAAAAUAAGUUCCCAACUUUAAUUACUGGUCAAAUCCUGAAAUUUGUAAUGUCUGCAAAAUAGACGCUGCAGAUCUGUUCGUCAUUCUUCAGAUUUGACUCGACGCUGUGACACGUUCCCAUCUCGGGAAUUUUGUCACUGGAUGGACUGAUAAACUGUGCGUAAAAAGUGCGGAAGAAAGAACGUGAACUAAAGAAAAAAGCUCUUCCAGAUUCACGGAUGUUGUUCAUGGAAUGCUGAAAAUUGGCUGCUAAUCUGACAGUUGCAAAUCACUGCUACACCACUACACGAAACCAUUCUCCUUUGUUUCGCUUCAUUAAAGCCAAACCAUUCAGCAUACGUAGAAAAGAACACCAUGCCGAUCAUUCAAGAAAACCCAUCUUAUUUUGACGACGGGGACAUGCACCCUUCCCUUUACAAGAAAUUCGGGUACAACAGAAAUCGCAAACCUCCCCCAGAACCAAUUACUACUGGACGCGGACGCCGAGAACCACUGUCCUCGGAAGAUACUGACGCUACUGAGCUAGACGUCUUCUUGAGCAGUUGUGAAAGCAAUGGUGGUAGCUGUUUCGUAGAUAAUUUAAUGUCCCAUCCCAUCAAAGAAACUUCCUUCGAGUCGAUCCGAGCAUCAGCAAGAAAUCGAAGAAACGACAGUAGCAGCAGCAACUCUGACCAUCAAAGGAAAGGAGGAUUCAGUCAAAAGUUUGGUCAGUUUUUCUGGAAAUCAAAGUCCAAGCACUCUCUCGGCAGUGAGAGUCAUGUAAGUGGAUCCUCCACGAUUGAUGAAUCUAAUGGCCCCAACUCGCCCAGAUUUACUCCAGACUCGUCCCUCUCCAUAUACACAAAUUCUUGCGAAGGAGAUCGUCACUCUUCCAAUUCAUCCUCAAAUUCUAACCAAAUCUCUCCAAAGGACGGAGAUGAAGAAGGAGAAGGAAGGUCCACCGACAAAUUGAAUGGAAGAACGGCUCCCAGCCUAUUAUUUGCUGAAGAGGAACGAGAACGUGCUUCCCUUUAUAGAUUUGAUGACUGCGAACGCUAUGCAGCCAACAUGUACUACAACAUGGGUGAAAACUAUACCACUUGCCGAGUACAGCAGUCAUCAUCUCGUCCUCGAAAUAAUUCCGUGCCUGUUGCUGCCACUACGCAUCAAUCGUCCAAAGCCGCUGAUGGUGGAGGAAUUAUUAGAGAUAACCCAAACGAAAUCCAUGAUUACUAUAUGAAUCCAACUUUCUCAACAUUUCCAAAUGCUCGCCGACACUCUGUAGCUUACUCGUCGGCUACAUCAUCCUCCGAUAAUGUUGGGAAGGCCAAGCAAACUGGGAGAGGAAAGGCUAAGAAAUAUUGUCAAAUUAUCGACAUUGAACACGACAAGGAUGGCUACCUAAAACCUUUGCGACCUAAUGAACCUCGUAACUCGAGGAAUGUCUAUUACAUUAAUGAGCCCCAGUCUCCAGCAGAAAGUGGAAGAAAAGUUCAUCAAGUUCAUGUAGAUGUCCAUUCACCGACCCUCACGUCUGCUUCCUCCUCCUUAAGCUACGACACCACCGAAUUUGAAGCUUUGAACUCAUCAUCAAGGAAUCACAUUCGUCGGGAUUUUGAGACAAGUGCUACGACGGAGGAUUCUCAAUCCACGCUUCUUGCGGGCUCGAUUUGCUCUGGAUCGUACGUCCCGUUUUAUCAAAAUGGAGCAGGCUCGUCAUUAUCCUUUGAAGCCAACGGGAGCAAGUGUCAGGCAGAUAAUGAGGGCAAAAAUAACAAUAAUAAUGAGAAAAUUGGCAGUGGCAGCAAAUUCGCUCCUGUUUGCUUAAGCCGGAUCCGGCGAGUAAUUGGGUCCGACUGCGAACCAUAUUGUUCCUUGUGUGGCUUGGCUUCCACCAUGAUUGCCUCAACAUUUAAACCCACAAUGGACGUGGCAAUAGUUUCGUGCCACGAGUGUUUUUUCUCAAAAAAUGCCGAAUCUCACAUCCGUGGCUUCCUGGACAAGUUGGUCACACCGGAUAAGCAAAAGAUGGAUGUUAAACUCCAGUCCUAUGAUAUGAAAGAUCUCGAACACUCCAAAGUAGCUGCAGAUGUUCACAGGUCCAAAGUACAAAUCGUUAUAAUCUCGCACCACUUUCUUCAACGGCUGAAAAUCGAAGAGUCGUCGAGAGUCAGGGUUUCUCCCGUGAACAGGGUUUUCCGUUCAAAAAGGGUUAUCGCCAUUCUCGCUGGUGGAGUGAACCAUCAAGAAAUUAGCGACGGAUACCAAAUGGUGUUGGCCCGAUUUGGGGAAUGGUUUCCCGUCGAAUUACGAUCAACUUGCAAAUUGGAUCUGGAAUUUUCAAAAAAGUUUACCGACCAUUUCGUCAAAAUUUACAACUUGGAACAAUGCAACACCAACAAUUUUACAGUAUUUCCCAAGAAGGUGACUCGGGACCAGCCAAAGAUUAUCAUCAUAUUGAAGAAGCCGUUAGACUCGGGGGAUGACGUGCGCGUUGAGUUUUCAUGCGGUCGAAGAACAGAAGGUUCCACUUUCAUCAAAAUUGAAAAUCCAUACACUCUUUCUGUCCGCCUGCCAGACUCAUUAUGCCCGGAAAAAGUAGCCUAUGUCGAAAUCUCUGUUUAUCUAUCGAACCAGAAAUUGGGGGCCACAUGCAUAAAGUCAGAUAUGCAGGCGAGGAUUUGCGAUGAUGACGUGGUUGAGAAGAUGACAAAGAUGGUACCUGGGUUUUUGAAGCUAUUUGACGAACAUAUUAAGCAGACUCUCAUAAAGAACUACCGCGAGUGUACGGACUACCUCACAGAUCCUGCCAUCGAACUGAUGAAUGACGUUCUUAUUUGUAAAGGGGACGAAUUUCCUACAAUUAUGCAUUUUGCUGCCUUUUACGGCCUGGAACAUACCGCAUUUACCGUAUUGGACGAAGCUGAUGGUCUCGAACAGUGCAAAAUUCUCAAUGACAAUGAAAUGAAACCGUUGGAUUUGGCAGAGUACAGAAGUAACGACAAUGUCGUACAAAUCAUUAUGGAUUAUCAUGUCCACCAAGAAAUCAGUGCGUCCUACAAGGCUUAUCAAAUAAUGAAGAACAUUUACUCUCGUGACAGUGUUCUGGAAUUGAGAAAAAAGGAAAUUGUGAGCAAAAGCAGGCAGGCUGACAAGCCAAAGAUAUCACUUCCGGAAUAUGAAAAUUUACCUGAAACCGCAAUCCUUGACGAGUCCAACACUGAAGCAGAAACACAAGAGAAUAAUGCAUCUUUAUCACCAGCAAUUAUUUCCGACGACCAAAAGAGUGUUAGCAGUGGGGGAUCAUAUAUAUCGUGGAAUUUCAAUCAAAAUCCUGCCGAAUCUGAAGCCACAGAUCAGCCGAAACCCCAAACUCCCCAAAAGCCAAAGCCUGUCGCGAGAAGUCAUCGUUCCAAGUUGAAAAAGCCGUAUGUAAAUGUUGCAGAUGAAAUUUUGAAUGACGGAAAAGCUCAAGUGGAAGCAGUAUCACAGGACGAAGUACGUCUACGUCAUCCAAGAGAGAACAGAAGACCCUCAAGGGACCAUUUAAGGCGCAAGUCUAUUUCCCCCAUUCAGAAUUACGAUAUUCCAAGAUUCUCCAAUGAGGAGUACGCCAUUCCUCCACCAGAUUCAAGGCCAGUGCUCCCAGAAAAAUCAAAAACUGACAAUUCUCCCGUAUUAGUCAAGAAAACUACGGGGUCUAUUCCCAUCACAAAUGACGGAUAUCUUAUCAUGGACCAUGAAGAACAAAAUGGAGAAAUUGUCCUGAAAGAACAUCUUCGAUAUCAGGAAGGAACCUUUGUUUCAAUCUCGCAUACACCAAAGAAUGAUCAAGUACAACAACCGGCAGGCGUGGUUCAGCAUUCUAACUCUUUCGACACUGCCCCAAUCAGCCCACCGCAAGGGGCGAAAACACCUCCGAAUAAUUCGAACACCAGUCCUAUUAAGAACGAAGAACGAAAAAAUAGUCUAACAAUCGAACCGAAUAUCAUGUUAGAUCCUGUGGACGAAGAAUUAAUUCACUUGAUGAAAGAUUUUACAAACGCAGGAUAUUCAAUCUCGCAAAUUGAACUAUUAUUUGAGAAUUGGAAAUGUCGCCCGGACGUCCAAAAAUCCAUUGAGGAUAAGAAAAGUUACAUGAAGAAAGUUCGGGAAGAGUAUAAAAGAUUACAAUCGACCCAAACAACGAAGGGUGCUUCCAUUUUGGACAAGAUAAAAGUCGUCCUCACUGGAAAGAAAAAAACUAGUGUCACAUCAUCACCAAAGUUUGAACAUUUGGGAGGAGUAAAAUUUUCUACAGACGACAUACAAAGAUUGCAAUCUCGGCCUUCAGCAGACCGUGAGAGUCUUGGGAGUCACGGGAGUGGGAGCGGUACCAGCGUGCCUGACAGUGGGUUUGGCGUGUCCGAGCUGGACUUAGAACGGGAACAUGACAACAAUAAGGAUCUGGGUGGUAGCAGCAGUGGUGGUGGUUAUGAUUCCAGUAGCCCAAAAAUAUACCGAAAUCCUUUGGACCGAAGAUUUAUUCCUUCAUACGUCCCCCGAGAACCCCCGCCUGGAUCAGCUACUGAUUCACCAGGAGGCGAUGCUGAUUACCAAGUCCCUCCCCCACCUCGUCCCCUGAACAGCCCAAAGGUGCCACAAAAACCUGCAAGGGCAGGAGUUGUUCCAGGGUCUCAAACAAAUGAAAGCUCUAGCAAUGAUGCCCCUCAGCCACCAGCCAUUCCUCAAAAACCUAGUCACUUGAAGGGAGCGGUUGAAGAUGACAGUGAAAAUCCUCCACCCCCACCACCAAGAACCUAUUGUAAGCCUAACCCCUUUGCGUAUAUCGACUAUUCGAGUCGGGGGACACGAGGGGGAACGACUACUAACAAGUCAGUAGUAAGAAGUCCAUCGCCGUAUGACAAUUUAAAAGAAGACAAAAAUGAAUGACAAUGACCAAGGAAAAUUUAACGGACUGAGUAUGAGUACUUAUUAAUUGAUAGCAAUAAUGUUUUUCUACCUUUAUCAUAAAUAUGUAGUAAGAAUUGUGGUUUUGCAUAUGUAUGUACAUUUGACAAGUAAAUAGCAUUAUAAAUGCGUGUUUAAAUAAUACAUCUAGUUGUAACUUAAUAUUGUAUAAAGUUGUUAUAUUUGACAUUGUUAACAUGCAUUUAAAAUAUGGUUAAGUAUUAAAUAGUUGUUAAAAAGCGAGUCAGUUAUUCGACUAUGAAGGACGCGCUGCAAAAUAUAUUUAGAGUUUAGCAGUAAUUAUAAAUUUAUAUGUAGUACGAUUUGCUUUAUUGAUUCAUGGUAAUAAAGUAUUAAAUAAACAUGUUAUACAACUCUGAUAAUUGGAAGUACGAUACAUAAUUAAACCAACCAAAAUUCAGCCUGAUUGAACCAAAUUUGUUUUUUUCUCUGUGGUUUUCCUUGUGUUUUCCAAUGUACAUACAGUGUCAAUUCAUUGUCACGUCGUCACUUUAUGAAUACCGUAUAAAGCGGAAACCGUUCAUUUCAACGUAAAUAGUUAAUCCAACAUUAGUCCGGCAUCGCCCUUACCAAUUUUUUCUAAUGGACAGCCAUUCGACACCUGUGCCCUCCUCAAGGCCAGCCCCACCGCCACGCCCGCCACGAAAAUUGUCCUCCAAAUCGGAUUCAGAUUCGCCAAUAACACCGACCGCUGAUCCUCCCGAUAGUCCCGUUCUUCCGAAUAAACCUCCUCGAAAACCAGAGGCAAAGAAGCACUCUUAUGAAAACAUUCAAGCAAUGUCUGCAGUCACAUCUUAGAUCACUGGAAUCGACUCGUGCAUUUUACUGACUAGUUUUAAUUGGAAAUAAAAACACUAAAAUAUAUUACAUUCAUCGUAACACAGUA